AUCCCUCCCGCCCCUCCUUCAACCUUCCUCAAACCUGCGGUCACUUGACCCGGGCGGGGCAGCCCCGUCCCGCCCCGGAGCGGGCAGCGCGGGGCCCCGGGCGAGCUGGGGAGCGCACGUCUUCCCGGAGAGCCGGGAUGGAAACGGAAUCGCCCCUCGGAAACAGCCCAUGAGGUCCCAGAGCAGGCACUAAUGCAAAAUGCCUUUGCAGACCUUCAUUCACACGUGCCGUGAAAAUGGCCAGUGGAUGUCGCGAUUACCAGAGGAGCUCUGGGAUGUUCCCCUCUAUAACUUAGCUCUUCCAGGGAGUCAUGACACUAUGACCUACUGUUUGGACAAAAGAUCUGCUGUUAGUGGCAAUGAAUCCAAGGUGGUGAAGUUUUUAAACAAAUGCAUGCCCUGCAUUGUGCGCCCCAUUAUCAUGAAGUGGUCCACCACACAGGUCCUAACUGUGACAGAGCAACUUGAGGCUGGAGUUAGAUACCUGGAUUUCAGGAUUGCCCACAAGGCUAAUGAUCCAUCUAUGAAUUUGUACUUUGUGCAUAUGGUUUACACAACUGUUACUGUACAGGAUACUCUGUGGAAAGUAUUAAGGUGGUUGGAAGCUCAUCCUCAGGAAGUUGUUAUCUUAGCCUGUAGGAAUUUUGAUGGAUUAACCAGGAGAUUUCACAAUCAUCUUGUUGCCUGUAUAAAAGAGAUUUUCCAGUGUAAACUGUGUCCCAGAAAUGUGACACCAACACUGAGGACCAUGUGGCAUCUUGGCCAUCAGGUCAUAGUCUCGUAUGAAGAGGACGUGGAACUGAAGGAGCACUGUGAGCUGUGGCCCACGAUCCCAUACUGGUGGGGAAACAAAACGUCCACUCGUGCUCUCAUCCGGUAUUUAGAGCGCAUGAAGCGGAGGGGCCGUCCAGGAAAAUUUUUUGUAGCAGGGAUUAACCUUACUGAAAAUUUAGGGUAUAUUCUCCUACACCCAUUUGGAUCAUUGAAGAAAAUGACACUCCGGAGUCUUCCAUGCUUGAAAAUCUGGAUAAAGCAGCAGUAUCCAGGACCAAAAAAAGAAUGUAUUAACAUAAUUGCUGGAGACUUCAUAGGAAACAAUGAUUUUGUCAAAGAUGUGAUAGAACUUAACACAAAAAUUAAUCCUCCAUUAGACUGUCAAAGUAGAGAAGCUGGGACAAAUAGCAUUUCAUUCUUUGCUUCUUAGUCUGUGAAAAGCUGAAAAGGCUUUGUCUGCAUUUAAUGUGCUCUUCUGUAAACAUCCUGAAUCCCAUAAAGGUCUAGUUUACUUAAACCAGGGGUGCUUUAAAGGCUCAGUAAGAAAAGGUCUCUCAACAUCAACAGAGUUGCAAGACCUCUGGACCUUGCUGAAGUCUCUAGAAAAUUAUGUUAUAGGUGUAAUUUAUUUGGAUGGGUUUUGAUUCUGUAGCAGCAGACAAUAUUGAAAGUCCCAAUAAUUUAAUCUUAUUUUACAUAUGAACAAGAAGGAGAAAUAUGUCAGUAGCUGCAUGAAUUUAGUGAUUUUAUCUUUCUUGUGAGGAUAUUAUGCAUUACUUGCAUCCCCAAUUCUUACUCUUUUAUACCAGUGUGAAACUGACUUGUCUGUUUUCACAGUUUAAAAGGAAGUUUAAAAAUAUUUUUGAUAUAUCAAAGGUACUGUAUUGACAAUCCAAUUUGACAUGAUUUUAUGUAUACACCAAUGUGUUGAGUAUCAGUUGUGAACUGCCUUACUGACAGUCACAAAAUUAUUUAUGAUUUGUAAGCAGUAUGUGUACACUUAUUUGUACCAGUUCUGAAGUGACAGAUACCAAAAAUAGGCCCCUAGGCAGUUUUGUCUGUGGCAAAUGUUUUAUUAGGUGUUGCCAAAGUAUGCCUUACACUGAAAAUAAACAGAGGAAACAAAUUUCUUAUCUAAAUUCACAAUGCUCUAGAAAUACAGGUUCUUCACUUCUGUCAUGCUCAUUUGGGGUUUCACACCUGAUCUUUGAUUUAGCUAUUUUAAUAGCUCUAUAAUUAUAUUCCCUCUCCCUAAGUAAGUAAGUAAUUUUUGCUUAUGUGAAAACUAAGGGGUUUAAUGCUUUUUGCUAUUGCAUAUUAAUUCUGUUUUUCUAAAUGAACUGUGCAAUAACAGAUGAUCACGAAGGCAAGAGAAUAGCAAGCAUCAGAACUAAAACAAAAACAGUCAUUCUGUAAAACUGACUAUGCAGCUUCAUCUAUAUACCUCACUUUUUAGAUGCACUUUAUAUGCAAAAGCUAAGUUCAGAUGUCUGACAAGAUGCUCAUGUUUGCAGAAGUCUUAAAUCAAUUGCUACUUACCAUCGUAUCAAACUCUCUCCAGACUGCUCAGAAUGAGAGGGUAAGAUGCAACUUCUUCACGGAAUCUCUUGCAAUUGCAGAAUACACAGGAGUAAAAAUUGAACAUUGCAUUUACGAGGAAGACUUUCUAAAUUCUUUUUUUACAGUACUUUGCAUCCUGUUCUUACUCUGUGUACUUCUCCAUUUUUAUGUUACAGGUACUAAGAAUGUUCUUCUGCCUAUCUUUUGUAGCCUCGUUACUCUAAUAAAACUUGAUCUCUCAGUGUAA